AUGCCGUUUCACCUGGCUGAGACCUCCCCGCUGCCUUCGCAGCUGCUGCUUGGCCUGGAGCCCCGCGGCCUUCAAAUAUCAAGAAAGAAGCAGCUUUCGCUGAACAGGCGGCUGCAGCAGCAGCAGCAGCAGCAGCAGCAGCAGCAAAAGUCUUCGGGCUGCGGCGUCUGUGAAGGCUGCGUCGGCAGCAGCAGCAGCAGCAGCAGCAGCAGCAGCAGGGAGGUGGAAGACAUCCACGAGUUCAUUUCGAGGCUGAAGCAGACCAUAAAGAGUUGGCUAACGCAGCUGCAGCCGCCCACCUUUUGGGUGCGGCUGCCGCUGCAGUACUCGAAGCCAACAGCAGCAGCAGCAGCAGCAGCAGCAGCAAAACGAGACGCGCUGGCGCUGGGCACGAAGACACCGGAGGCUGCUGUUGCUGCUGCAGUGCUGCUGGAGCUGCAGCAGCAAGACCUGCUGCAGGGGUCCGUGGACGCGGGUUUCGACGGCUGCAGCGCCGCCGCCGACCCGCAGCAGCAGCAGCAGCAGCAGCAGCAGCAGCAGCAGCUGGACCCGUGGAAGCAGUGGUCGUUUCUGCAGCAAGUCGUUGGGGUGUCUGUACACCUCGGAGUCGCGCUGCAGCUCACAGAGGACUUGCCCUCAGAGCAGCAGCUGCAGCGGUGGCUGGCGGAGCCGCUGCGCUGCAUCUUUAUUCCCACUAGCAUUUUUCUGCAGCUGCAGCAGCAGCAGCAGCAGCAGCAGCAGCAGCAGCAGCAGGUGACGCUGCUGCGCCAGCACCUCUUGUUCUUGCUGCGCUGCGCAGAGCUGCGCGUGAAGCUCGUUAUCGUUGACGACAGAGACGAAGACACAGACCAAGCAGCAGCAGCAGCAGCAGCAGCAGCAGCAGCAGCAGCAGCAGCAGCAGCAGCAGUGAAGCGGCCUACUGCAGUUCAGAGCGCCGAAGCAAACGAGGAAGCAGCAGCAAGUGCAGCCGCUGCUGCGCCGUGUCUGAAGCGUCCCGCAGCAAUCCUAGACGCAGCAGCAAACCCCAGCAGCAGCACCAGCAGCAGCAGCAGCAGCAGCAGCAGCAGCAGCGGGCGGCGGUGCCGGUACCGCGAGCUGCUGCCGCUUAUUUGCUGCCUGCAGCAGGCGCUGCUGCUGCUGCCGCCGCUGCCGCUGCCGCUGCUGUUUUGCCGCUCUCACCAAAAUGUGCUGCAGGUCCCAAUGCAGCCUCUUUCGGACGACUUGAACGCCUGCAGCUACGAAGUCUUCGAACGAGAUGCGAUCAAGUACAAACUGUACUGCCGCGCCAUUUACCUGCGGCUGCGGGACCUUCUAGGGCUCGACCAGCAGCAGCAGCAGCAGCAGCAGCAGCAGCAGCAGGGUAUUAAACGCAGAAGACGCUUUACAUUAUCGGACAGCAGCAGCAGCAGCAGCCGCAGCCGCAGCUGCAGUCUUAGUCGCAGCAGUUGCAGCAGCGCAGCAGCAGCACGACCAGCAGCAGCAGCACGACCAGCAGCAGCAGCACGAUCAGCAGCAGCAGCACGACCAGCAGCAGCAGCACGACCAGCAGCAGCAGCACGACCAGCAGCAGCAGCACGACCAGCAGCACGACCAGCAGCACGCCCAGCAGCAGCAGCAGCAGCAGCAGCAGCAGCAGGAGCCGUGGCCGCGGAUCUCCAUAUACGUGGUGGGGGCUGGGCGGGGCCCGCUGGUGCAGGCAGCACUGGACGCGCUGCGGCUGCUGCAGCUGCCGCCUUGCUUCUUCUUUGUUGCUGCAGUAAAAACCCGCAGGCUUUGUUUGCCCUUCGAGACCGGCAGCAGCACGACUGCUGCAGCGCCUGGCAGCACGUUGCUGUUGUUCCUGGCGACAUGCGCGCCCCCGCCACUGCAGCAGCAGCAGCAGCAGCAGCAGCAGCAGCAGCAGCAGCAGCAGCAGCGGCGGCGGGGGCGGGGGCAGCAGCGGGGGCAGCAGCUGUGGAGGAAGCGGCGAAGGCGGCGGCGAAGGCGGCGGCCGCGGGGCCGCUCGCGGCAGCAGCAGCAGCAGCAGCAGGGGGAGCAGCAGCAGCAGCAGCAGCAGCAGCAGCAGGCUGCGACAUUCUGGUCUCGGAGCUGCUGGGGUCUUUCGGAGAUAAUGAACUUUCUCCCGAGUGUCUGGACGGCGCGCAGCAGCUGCUGCUGAAGCCCGAAGGCAUUUGCAUCCCCAGCAGCUACGUGUCUUCUUUGGAGCCAGUUUGCUGCCCGCUGCUGCAUGCUGCUGCUGCUGCUGCUGCUGCUGCUCCUUACGACCCGCAGCAGCAGCUCGACAGCAUCUUCGUGGUCAAUCCCCACGGCAUCUACAGGCCAGCAGCAGAAGGGCCUCUUUCUUGCUUCAGCUUCCAGCACCCCAACCCGCUGCUGCCUCCCCUGGCUCCUGCUGCUGCUGCUGCUGCUCCUGCUGCUGCUGCUGCUGCUGCUGCUGGGCCGGCUGCUGCGGAGUGCAUGCACGCGUUCACGCAGCGCGUUUUCGAGGCCCCCGCAGCAGCUGCCGCUGCAGCAGCAGCAGCAGGCGGCGCCCCCGCUGCAGCAGCAGCAGCAGCAGCAGCAGCAGCGACUGUGGAGUGGAACGGGCUGGACUUCCGCUCCCCGUUCUGCGCGGCGCCAGCAGCAGCAGCAGCAGCAGCAGCAGCAGCAAACGACCGCGUGCAGCUGCUGCGCUGGCACAUGAAAAGCGACUGCAGCAUUCAUGGCUUUUUGGGCUUUUUCUUUUGCUGCCUCUACCGCAGCGUGAGUUUGUCCAUAGACCCUCGCUGCAGCACGAGAGGCAUGGUGUCUUGGUUUCCCGCGCUGCUGCUGCUGCGGCAGCCGCUGCUGCUGCAGCAGCAGCAGCAGCUGCUGCUGCUCGUCGCCCGCAAAAGCGACGCCCACAGAGUCUGGGUCGAACGGGCCGUCGUGGCCCCACACCCCACACCCAUUCAAAACUUAAAUGGCUGCUGCUAUUCAAUGUUCAAAUAA